AUGUCCUCCCCCUCCCGCUCCAACCGCUUCCAAUCCUUCACCCCCCUCCGCACCCUCCGCACCGCCUUCUCGCCCACACGCUCCCAGCGCUCGACAUCCACAAGCAGCAUCUCGACCACAUCGCCGCUAACGCGCGCCUCAUCGCCACACUCAUAUCCCUCAUCCAUCCACAGCAUCCGCGAGCUGCUCGCCGUGCGCCGCAAGCCCAGCGCAUGCGAGUUCGAAAUGGACGAGGAGCGCCUUCUGUUCGAGAGCGGACUGGCGGUGCUGGAGCCGCGGCCGCGCGCGGGGAGCGGCGGCGAGGUGCAUUACGGCGGUAUCUUUGAGGUGUUGAGUGGGAAGGCGUAG